AUGGCUUUUCAAAAUACUUUGAACCUUCUGUUUAGCCAGAAGAGAACUAUUCCCAACUACAACUGCGGCAUCUGGAAGAACCUCAUAGCUGUCAUUGGAGGCUUGGACUCUGAAAUCUCCCUCUACGUGGCUACUCUCUUAAGCAGUUACAAGAUUCCUCAGGUCACAUAUUGCUUAUUUGCUCCUCCCAUGAGUGAGGUGAUCCAACUCUCUCCUUUGUAUAGAGCAGUGCCCAGUGAAGAGCAUCAAUAUACUGGGAUUGUCCAGCUUCUUCUGCAUUUCCAGUGGAACUGGGUGGGCAUCAUUGCAGCGAAUGAUGAUAAAGGAGAAAGGUUUGGACAGACUUUGGCACACAAGUUUUCCCAGAAUGGCAUCUGUAUAGCCUUCAUGAAAAGAAUACCAACUUACAAAAACACACUGGAGAUGUAUAAAAUGUUAGACUUUUUUCAGAAUAUGACAAUUUUCUUAACCAAGACUAAUGUCAACAUCUGCAUCAUGAGUGCAGACUCGGAAAGCCUGGAUGCUUUGCAGUUGGCGCUGAAUAUGUUUGAUCCAGAUUCUAUGACGCCUAUACACAAAGUAUGGGUUAUGACAGCCCACUUUGAUUUCUCAUCACAGACAUAUCACAGAGAUCAAGGCAUACAAGUCUUCCAUGGUGCCUUAUCAUUUUCAGUUCAUCUCACCGAAGUUCAAGCAUUCCAAAAGUUCCUCAGGAGCAUAAAUCCCCAUUCUGAGGACGAUGGUUUCAUCAGGACUUUCUGGCAGCAUGCAUUUAGCUGUCUGUUUCCAGAUACUGGUGCGGGCAAUGAGGCUGUGAAUAGCUGCACUGGGGAGGAGGAACUGGAGAGCCUUCCUGGACCUUUCUUUGAAAUGAGCAUGACCAGUCAAAGUUACAGUGUCUACAAUGCUGUCUACGCUGUGGCACAUGCUUUGCAUGCCAUGCCUUCCUCCAAAACCAAGUAUGGAAUUGUGGCAGAUGGAGACAAGCUGGAGCCUCCAAAGCCACAGCCAUUUCAGGUCACGCCCUUGGGUGUGUGUAAUGACAACUGCCCUCCAGGUCACAGUAGAAAAAAGAAGGAAGGAAAACCAUUUUGCUGCUAUGAUUGUGCUCCGUGUCCAGAAGGGAAGAUUUCAAAGCAGAAGGAUAUGAAUGACUGUUCCAAAUGCCCGGAUGAUAAUUAUCCAAAUAAAGACCAAACUGCAUGCCUUCCAAAGGGUCUCCAUUUCCUGUCUUAUGGUGAACCUCUUGGUAUCAGUUUGGCAGUUAUCGCUCUGUGUCUUUCUCUGACGACAGCUGUGGUGUUUGGAAUCUUCCUUAAGCAUCGGAACACUCCCAUCGUCAAAGCCAACAACAGAGGACUCUCCUAUGCUCUGCUUGUCUCUCUCCUGCUCUGCUUCCUCUGCACCUUGCUAUUCAUUGGCUGGCCUUACUUUCUCAUCUGCCUUCUGCGCCAGACUGCUUUUGGUAUUAACUUCACAGUGGCCAUUUCUUCUGUGCUGGCCAAAACCAUCAUCGUGGUCUCGGCUUUCAUGGCCUCUAAACCAGGAUCAAAGAUGAAGAAAUGGAUGGGGAAAAGCUUUGCAAACUCUAUGGUUAUUUGUUGUUCGUUUGUUCAAAUGUGUCUUUGCCUGAUUUGCCUUUGCAAUGACCCUCCCUUACCAGAUGUUGACAUGAACUCUCUGGCUGAAGAAAUCAUAGUGGAAUGCAAUGAAGGAUCUGCCAAUAUGCUGUACUAUAUUCUGGGCUACAUGGGAUUUCUCUCUCUUACCAGCUUCUUUGUAGCUUUCUUUGCUAGGAAGCUGCCUCACUCUUUUAAUGAAGCCAAGUUUAUCACUUUCAGCAUGCUGGUGUUUUGCAGUGUGUGGAUGACUUUUGUGCCAACAUAUCUAAGUACCAAAGGGAAAUAUACGAUAGCUGUAGAGAUCUUCUCCAUCUUGGCCUCUGGGCUUGGGUUACUGGGAUGUAUUUUUUCUCCCAAAUGUUACAUAAUUGUCCUGAGGCCUGAAUUAAAUAAUAAAGAACACUUCAGGAAUGUCCACAACAAAAUAAUUCUGUGA